UAGUGGGUAAUAGAGAAGAUGAAGUGGGAUAUAUAGAUAGGAUCUGUCCCGAUCCAUGGUCAAGUGGCUGGCUGAGUGUUUCGACAAUCAGGGAUUUUUAAUCUCAAACGAACUCUUGUCAUAUGCAGAUGGGAACACUCUGCGAGGAUUUUUGCCCUGCACUGGAUCUUUAUUUUUUUGUAGCCAUUACAUGCUGCAACAGAAGUUACAAGGCUAAUUUUAUUCUCCCUUAUCUGUAAAUAUUCACUUCUGGCAAUACCUGCCGGCUUUGAUGUAUUUAAAAUCCAGCAUCCUGUAAUCCUAAAUCCAGGGUUGAUUCGUAUUCUCUGGUACUUCCUAUACGCGCCGCACAGCCACAACACGAAAAGUAAAUAAAGACCUGACACCAACCCCACACCGGUUUCUUCUUACAACCCAAAUGAAACCCUUGCCUCUACAUGUCUUCAAAACGCCGACCAAAACCCAAUCCCGAGGCUGUCGAGAUCUUGAGGCCGAUAGUCAGCCCUCAGAUCAAACUGGGACGGCCCCUUAGCAGAAAAAAUUCUCACAGCUCGACUGCGUUCAAGGGCAAUGGCUCCACCCGAUCGAGAUCUGUCAGUAUCACCGUGCCCGCCUCCCCAACCCUCCUCUCUACGCCGAAUCGACCGUCCCAGAUGGCGCUCAAGAGUAUCCACGGCUCGGCGCCGCUCACAGACGUGCAGAAGCGCAACCUCCUCUCCAAGUUCCAGGACGAGGCCGAGGACUUUUCGGAGUUAAACGAAGAUAUAAACUUGUCGUUUUCCAAGUUUUCCGAAACCUCUGGGAUUUCCCUCAUGGGGCCAGAAGACAGCGGAUCUCCCGUUCCGUCGCCGUUUGUGGACCGCGUCAAACAGUAUUUUGAGAGCACGCCGCCAAAUCCGCCCUCAACCACGCCCAAACGGGUAUCCAUGGGCACCGACUUGCCGGUUCUCCUGGAAAUGACUGAACUAUCGUUUAGCAAACAUACCCAUGCUCUGAGUACACACCCGCUAAACGAACACUUCAGCGAUGAGUCACCAUUCUUUUCGCCGAAGGAACCGUUGCGUAAUGGCCCGGGGAUACAAACUCCGAAAGCUGGAGUGAUACAAACACCGAGAAAUGACAGCGAAGGUGCAAGGAUCACCCCGAUAAGGCACCCAGACAGCCUGAGAACUCCCAGAAGAACCCUCCCCGAGAAUCUGAGAAUCACACCCAUAGGACACAUCUCUGGCGGACUGACUCCUAUGAUGUCUGACUCUCCACAAACUCCCAAGAGACGUUCUCUGCGGGUUUCUUCGAAACAAUUGAUCUCUGUCACUCCGGCACAGCGGGCGGAAAAGAAGCCAGGCCGGUUUCUCACGGAAAACUACGAGUUCCUUGAGCUUUUGGGUCGGGGAGCCUCGGCCCAGGUGUACCGUGGGCGCAACUUGCACACAGGUCGAAUCAUCGCCAUCAAACAACUCGUCCUAGCAGAUAACGAGGAUAACAUCACUCAGUUAAUGAGUGAAAUCAACUUGCUCAAGAUUUUGAACCACCGCAACAUUGUCAAAUACCACGGGUUUGUCAAGACCACGCUGACGCUCAACAUCUUCCUUGAGUACUGUCCCGAUGGCUCCUUGCGCCAGCUCUACCGCGCCAGAGGCUGUGGCCUCCCGGAGGCGCAGAUCGUGCCGUACAUUCACCAGAUUCUCUCCGGGCUCCGAUACUUGCACGAACAAGGGGUUGUCCAUCGUGACGUGAAGGCUGCAAAUGUGCUUCUUUCCAACGGAGGCUGCGACGUGAAGCUCGCGGAUUUUGGGGUUGCGGCCAGAGUUACGAAUAGAAAUCUCUCGGUGGUGGGGACCCCAAACUGGAUGGCCCCUGAGACAAUUCUAGGCGGCGAGGGAAUCUCCACCGCUUCGGAUAUCUGGUCAUUGGGGUCCACCAUCAUUGAGCUCCUCACAACAUACCCACCGUAUCACGAUUUGAACCCCAUGGCUGCGCUCCACGCCAUUGGCACUGACGCUCAUCCGCCCUUGCCUCCCAACAUCUCUCCCCAGUUGAGGGACUUUUUACUCGAGUGCUUCCAGAAGCAGCCUAGUAUUCGCAGUGGCGCCAGUAUGUUGUUGAAGCAUCAAUGGCUAAGCGGGUAUGGUCAUGAUACAGCAGGGCGCAGCCUUGACAAUGAUUUGAGAAAGGACUCUCCGUCAAAGCUCUCUCCGUCAAAGCUCUCUCUGUCAAAGCUCUCUCUGUCAAAGCUUUCCCCGUCAAAGCUCUCCCCGUCAAAAUUCUAUCCUCUCGAUGAUUCACCGCUGAGGGUUGGUAGACCGCUCUCCUUGGAUCGCUACCGAGAAGCUGACGAAUCAUUUGACGACAUGGAAGAAGACAACCUUGCUAGCCACUCGGGAAUAUUGGAGUUGAGAAACCCUAAACCUCUCAGUGAGUUCCGUGAAGGCUCAGACGAUUUUUUCUCCGAGUUUGAUAAUGUCACCUUUAGAUUAAAGGCCCCUGCACCACUGGAAGAAACGGUCGAGGAAGACCCGUUUUUGGAGUUGGACAUGGAGGAAGCGGUGGAUAACGAAGAUGUGCGCUCGCAGAACGAGAUGACCGCGCUCAUUGUCGAUUUAGCGGCAAAAUCUGACCAUUUCCAUCGCCGCGGUGAUUCCCAAGUGGUUAUGGAGAUUGGCCUUCUUCUUGACGAAAUCCUUCGUUUGCUCGCAGCCCAUCCACUGACGAGCAAGACUAUGAACCGCAACCACGGCGUGCUACCGAUCAUGGAGUUGUUGGAUCUGGCCCCGAUGCUUCCUGACUUGCCGCUCUGGUUGCCGUGUUUGCGGAUCUUGAACUCGCUCUUCCGGUCCAACACCACCGCCUUGGACCGGUUCUGUCUGGUUGGCGGGAUUCCGGUCUUUACCCACUUUGCAAAGUUAAAGUUUCCCACAGAAACCCGCUUGCAGGUGAUUGUGUUUGUACGGGCCAUGUUGGACGGCUCUGACGCCGCGCUCGCGAUGUUUGUCUCCUGUGGCGGCGUGCACCUUAUCUCGCGGUUUAUAGAGGAGGACAUAGAGACCGAACCGGCGUUCGCCUUGUUGAGCAUCGACUUUAUCCACGGCUUGUUGUCCCGCCCUUCGGUUACCCCCAAGUCGGACUUUUGUCGCAUCAUCUCUCGCUUCGGCACGGUGGACUGGUUGGGGGUGUUGUUAAACCAAUGCAAUGGAACGGACAAGACCGAGUACGUGGCAAAGAUUCUCGGAAUCCUCCAGAUCUUUGGGCAUUCGGAGAUGACUGUGCGGAAAAACAUCUCUACCGUCACCUUGUUCAAAUCGAUGACCAGGGUAUAUAACGAGUUGCCCUUUGACAACCAGUUGGUGGUUUUGAAGUUUUUCAAGGCAAUAUCUUCGAGCAAGCCCGUGUGUGACGUGAUGUACUCGUGCAAAAUACUAGGGCUCAUGGUCGGACUCUUGAAGGAGUAUACGCCUGGAGUCCCUGGCUACAAGGAGGUGACCAACAUUGUCUGCCCGAUUCUCUACAAUAUGUGUUAUUUGAACCAUUCUCGUGAGAGCGAGAUUGUCGACAUGGGGAUCAUCCCGAUCCUCCAACACCUUUCCGUUAUCAACCUUCCGUUCAAGCAGUUUGUAUUGUCUCUUUUGUGCGAGUUGGUCCACUGUGGUUCGCUGGUCAGAGCUGCGUUGUGGAAACAUCAGGUGUUGACGUCGUAUUUACGCUUGUUAAGCGAUCCCUACUGGCAGUCGAACGCGUUGGAUACAAUCACCCAGUGGUUGAUCCAGGAUCCGGGAUUGGUCGAACGUGCGAUCAUUGCUAACAUCGAUACGAUCAGCAACGCCUUCUCUAUGCCCAAUCCCUCUAACCUUGACAGCAUUUUGGAGAAUUUCUUGAUUUUGGUGCAAAACCCACGUCUCUGUUCUGCGUUAUUCGAUCGCCGCUUGAUCGAUACGAUUCUCCGCAAGUUGAAUUCCGUCUCGCAGACACGAUCGGUUGUCCAUUUGUGCUUGUUGCGAAUUUUAAAGGUGCUCCUCGCCACUCCGGACAGACAUAGAGGUGGCCAGUGGGGUGUUGUUUGCCAGAAGGUGCAGGAAUCGCUUGGGAAGCUGAACGGCAAUACGUCACUUUUGGUUUUGGAGCUCACCAGGGAGAUUCUUGAGCUUGUUGGGGGCGCAAUACCUGUUGACGAGUUUGAGAAGCUAGGGAUUUAGAGCAUUAACUAAAAGUUAUGAAUGCCGCAAAAAUAUAUCUAAUAAUGUAGGAACCAGGUGUGACAAACGUAAUUUAGAGGUGCUAUUGGUGAGAGAUCUCUACCAUUUAGGUGAAAUAGAGCUUGUAUACGACUUUUAUGAGUCAUUUUU